AUGGCCAACCAAGAGAGCCCGACGACAUGCCUCGGGACCGGGCAACCACUUGAAACUACCCUACGGGAUUUGGAUGACGAGGAACUUGCUGAGGAGCUUGAUGGGAUGAUCUCCGAAAACUAUUGCGGGAAAAAGUACAUGCCUUCAAAAUGGAUGGAGGCAUACACGUCAGAAGCAGUAGUUAAGAGCAUUCUUGGCUCGCGAUAUGAACCGCCCCUAGUCCCCGAUCUGGUUUCAUAUGUCUUACACUCGCCCGCCAAGAAACUACUGCUUUUGCUCGCCCUUUGCCAGGCACUACACUGCCUUCCAGCAAUGAAGAAUUUCGGGCUUAAUGAUGACUACCUUCCUGUCACCAUUAUCCGCAAACCUGGCACCAAGGGACUUAUACGGAAACUUGGCGACCACGAGGGAGGGAGGGGGGAUUUUCCUGUCCCACACGACUGGAACCCAUCGAUGAGAGGCUCGUUCGAAAGGAACCAAUGGCUGUUUCUUGCGCCUGUCUUUACAGAGGAUCGAUUUCAUCAUGAAUUGCACUCGGAUACUCCCCUCCCGUUUCUACCGAUGGAAACCAGCCCUCAGCCAAAACUAGGUGGCUUCAGCACCGUACUCGAGGUGCACGUGGAUACAUCCCAUCAACGCGUGAUUACAACGUAUGGCCAGCCGAACUCAUCAAAGGCCGCUCUCAAAGACUUGCGUGUUGGUUUGGAAAACUAUGAAAGGGAAAAGAAGGCUCUGGAGAAGAUCAGAAAUAUAGACAAUCCUCACCUUGUUAAGCCCAUCGCAAGCUUGAGGCUGGCCGAUAAGUCAGGGUAUUUUCUCUUCCCGUGGGCCGAAGGUGGAAAUCUUUGGAACUUCUGGGGUGAUGAGAGCAACCGCCAUGGAGUUGUUCAAUUGGGAGACUAUCCAAAGUUCCUGUGGACCUUGAACCAGAUCCAUGGACUGUGCCAUGCUCUUGUUGCUUUGCACAAUGAGGAAGACAAGGUCAGCGACCAUAGACUGGCACUUAGGGAUGAUGGACGCAUCAGAGACGAAAAUGGCCGCCACGGAGAUAUCAAGCCAGACAAUAUUCUGGUUUUUCAUAAGGCCGGUAAUCCCCAUGACACUAUCCUUUGUAUUGCUGAUGUUGGCCUAGGCAAGUUCCAUGCCAAAACAACGCAGGUGCGAAUGGAGGGCAACGAAAUAACGGACACAAAAACGGGAACUUCCCGGUAUCUGCCACCUGAAUUUGAUAUGAAGACAAAUAAACAAAUAUCUCGGCUUCACGAUGUGUGGUCACUUGGCUGCGUUUAUCUUGAGUUCGUUGUCUGGGCUCUGUGGGGGGAGCCUGGUCUGAAAAGAUUCCAGUCAUCGUCUUUUACUCAAUUCUGGCAGUGUACAAAUAAGCAGAAACACCUUCAUCCAGAGGUGAAAACAUGGAUUUCGACUAUAACUGAAACUCUAUCUAGCGUCGAAGCACCAACUGCUCUCCUAGACCUGGUACAACUUGUUGGAUCUGAUAUGCUUCAGCUAAAAAUGAGCCGCAAGAAAUCAAAGGAUAUACUCCCCAAACUGAGGGAAAUCCUCGGAAAAGCAAAAUCUGACGAAACAUAUUGUUUUAAUCCUACCAUUCAACAAGAAGCCAAGACGAUUACCAACAGCAAUUAUUCAAACAAGCUAAGAAUACCAAUUGCUUUGCCAGAAGACAUGAGCAAACUGGAAGAUGUGUGGGAAUCUUCUUCCGAUAACAAUUUCGCAAAACGGCUCUACGAGAUCCUACGUGACAAGGUCACAACAGAAGUUCCAUCAACAAGUUCAGUCACACGUGGCCUCUGUGCCCGAUGCUUAGGUCUGGAUUUCUGUAAGCCUGGUUUCAGGGCCUUUAUACAAACCAAGUGGAAAUAUGAGACCUGCCAACUUUGCAGUUUGCUAUGUCAAGCUUUUAAAACUCUUGGCUACGGUGAUGGCCAUCAUGACGACGUGGAAAUUUAUCGAAAGGGGUCAAAGGUUCUGGCCCAUACCGAGUCGUCCGAUUUUUCAAUACUUUCUCUAUACAUGCACCCAGAUUUCACUCAGUUGCCAUCUUCUGAUAUCCAGCUGGGGACCCCCCACUUACCUGCCGAUGGAAGUAUUCACCAAAUCGAACUCUUCAAGGAAUGGAUUCGGACAUGCGAAGAGUCUCACAACCAUUCAGGUAGCAGUCCGGGUACGCAAUUGAUGAUGUCCAAUAUCUCCAACAGGAUAUCAACUACGAGCCAGCUAGUUGACCCCCCGACACGUGUCAUUGAUGUGAGGGGCGGAAUCGGAGACAAGAUACGCCUCAUCCUGGGAAAGGAUAUGCAGUCUCCGGUCUUCUUCGCUCUGAGUCAUCGUUGGGGUGAUAAGGAUGAGCAUCAAGUCGGCCGCACGCUGCCAUGCAAUGUGAAAGAUCGGUUUAACGGAAUCAAUCUGGUCGAACUACCAAGGAACUUCCAAGAAGCCAUCAUGCUAACCAAGGCAAUGGGCGUACGAUAUUUGUGGAUUGAUUCACUAUGCAUAAUCCAAACCGACAGCAAUGACUGGAAACGGGAAGCUGUGCGAAUGGAGCAGGUAUACAGCAAUGCCUCUUGCAUCCUCGCCGCUUCUUCCUCCAAUUCUUCAAUCGAGGGAUUCCUCAAAAAGUCGCGUGAGAAGCGGCCUUAUGUCUCAGUCAAGUCACUAUCAGGGAGAAUAGUCUAUGUUUGCAAAGAUAUAGAUGACUUCCACACGGAUGUAGAACGCUCGAUUCUUAACUCAAGAGGUUGGGUCCUCCAAGAGAGAGCGCUCGCUCGGCGGAUAAUUCAUUUUACAAAAAACCAAGCAUACUUUGAAUGUGGAAACGGAGUUCACUGCGAGAGCUUGAUGAAACUUAACAAUGGCAAGGCGACGUUACUCGGCGACUCCAAUUUCCCCAGAUCAGCCGAAUCAUUCAAUAAGACGGGGAAGAUCGUCAUCAUGCAAAACUUGUAUAAACAGUAUUCAGCACUGGGAUUCAAGUUUUUUGAAGAUCGCCCUGUUGGUAUUUCUGGGCUGGAAAGGCGGCUCACAUCCGCAUACGAUACCCGCGGGGGAUACGGUAUCCUCGAAGCAUACUUGGAGCGCAGCUUACUCUGGAAAAGAGAUGACGCAAGAUACCUAGAGCGGAUUCAAUUUCCCUCAGGGAGAAGCCUGCCCUCGUGGUCGUGGAUGGCCUACAGCGGGACCAUCACGUACGUUGAGAUCAGAUUCAAUGAGGUCGACUGGACCAAUGAGUACGUCUCACCUUUCGCAUCGCUCACUAAAAUCAGCAAGCAACAUUGGGAAGCAACUAGUGAAGACAGAUUACCAACACUUGAUGUCAGCAAAGUGAGACCAUUGAACCCCAGGUCCAGCCACGACCAGGCCCUAGCCAAUAUCAGUUUCGAUGUCGCAGGGGCAGGAUGCGCGAUACAGGAUUUGCGCUGCGUUGUCUUGGGUAAACACAAGAAGGCAAUGGGAAUCACCCCUUUACCUUGCUACGUGUUGAUAGUGAAAUCUGGCACGGAUCCCAACACCGUUGUGAGGAUCGGUGCUGGGAUAUUGCUGGAACAUGACAUCUGCUGGGAUUUGUAUGAGUCAAAGAGCCUCAAUUAA